ACAUUCUAGUUUCCCUCGCACUACAUGCACUGCAUCAGAAUUUCUUCACCCUUCUUCUAGUUAACAUAUUCACAUAAUGGCUCAAGCUGUUGAAGAAUGGUAUAAACAGAUGCCCAUCAUUACGCGCUCGUAUGUUACAGCUGCAAUUGUCACCACCAUCGGCUGUUCCCUUGAUAUAAUUUCUCCGUAUCAUUUGUACUUGAACCCUAAACUGGUGGUUAAGCAAUAUCAAUUCUGGCGUCUCAUUACCAAUUUCUUCUACUUCCGUAGAAUGGACUUGGAUUUCUUGUUUCAUAUGUUCUUUCUUGCUCGGUACUGCAAGCUUCUAGAGGAGAAUUCCUUCAGGGGAAGGACAGCUGAUUUCUUUUACAUGCUCUUGUUUGGGGCUACAUUGUUGACUGGGAUUGUUGUUGGUGGCGGGAUGAUACCAUACAUCUCAGUGUCAUUUGCAAAAAUUAUAUUCCUUAGCAAUUCAUUAACAUUUAUGAUGGUAUAUGUAUGGGGCAAACAAAAUCCCUUCAUCCACAUGAGCUUCCUCGGCCUCUUUACUUUCACAGCAGCUUACCUUCCUUGGGUUCUCCUAGGAUUCUCUGUUCUUGUGGGUGCUAGUGCUUGGGUGGAUCUACUGGGAAUGAUUGCUGGUCAUGCAUACUAUUUUCUAGAAGAUGUCUAUCCUCGGAUGACCGGCCGGCGACCCCUUAAAACUCCUUCGUUCAUCAAAGCACUAUUUGCUGAUGAGCCUGUCGUGGUGGCCCGGCCAGCAAAUGUUAGAUUUGCUCCGCCACAAGCUGAAGCUCCUCACCAUGAUUGAAUAUAAAUAUUUGCAGAUGAAAGUCCUCACACUUGAGAGGUUUGAGAAACCCCAUUUUCUAGGGAUCUGGCCUUCAAGUGCCUGUGCAUUGUAAAAAUAACUAUAAAUAUACAUAGAUGUCUAUUUAAACAGUGACUGACCUAAAGGGUUGGAGUUUUCUCCAAUCUUUAUAGAAAGAAGUGGUACAAAUCUUGGUUUUUUUUUUGUUUGUUGCUCUUACCAGGUUUCUGAAAUUGUGCAUAUUGAUUGCCUUUCUCUCCAAUGCUUGAGGUUAUGGUUUGGGACCAA